AUGGAGCUGGCGGCCUUCAACGGCGACCUGACGUCGCUCGAGCUCUUGCACAAGAGCCGCCUUCGCGUCGGAUCGGAGCGAGCCAUCGUCUACGCGGCGUACCGCGGCCACAUGCACGUGCUCGAUUGGCUACAUCAAAACCGACGCGAUGGCUGUGGCGAAGAUGCAAUGGCUCUCGCUGCCACCGCCGGCCACUUGAACGUUGUGCGCUGGCUCCAUGAGAUCUACGGGCUAUGGCGAACCCACGCCGCCUUGGCCACAGCGGCGUACAAAGGCCACCUCGCGAUGGUCACGUACCUCUUGGGCGUACCGACGGACAGCUCGGGGCCCCAGGGCGACGCCAGGGCGCUGGACGCGUGGGAGGCUACGUCUGUGCUCCGGUCGCCCGACCUCGUCGCAAUCAUCAUCGCAUAUCAAGAGGGAUUACCCGGAGACAUAGCCGUCGUCCAGCGCCUUGCCGACGCCGUCCAAAUCACGAGGUGCUUCUCUCAGCGCCCACCAACCGCAUACCUUGCCCACGUCCCCGCCCGGUUUGCGUCGCUGCCAUACCUCCAGCGCUACCCACACUCGACGACCAAGCUGCCUCAUCACGCGCUCUUUGUCUCGUCGGAUGUCUACGACCGGGCCCUCGCGCAUCAUCUCUCCGUUGUCGAAGGUGACGUGGCGCUCGUCCAGCGCUGGCUGCGAUGGGAUGCCUCGCUGUGUACAUCAGCGACGCUCGAGCUUGCUGCUGCUGCGUCUCAAGGUCCGAUUCUGCGUCUUCUCUUCGAGCAGUUUCCAGCGCUGGCCACACCCAAGAUGAUGGACCUUGUCGCCAUGUCGGGUGACCUCCCACUGCUCUUGUGGCUUCACGAGGCGGGCGUGGCGUGCACCACUGCCGCGAUGGACGGCGCGGCCAUGAAUGGUCAUUACGACAUCGUCAUCUUCUUGCACUCUGCAAGGACCGAGGGCUGCACGAUCGCGGCGGCAACGGCAGCAGCCGUCAAUGGUCAUGCGUCGAUCGUUCGGUUUCUUCUUGAGCAGCGCACCGAAGGCGUUGACCCGACGCUUCAGUUUUCACGACCACAUGGCAAGCACAAGACGUGCAGUGUCAAUGGUACGACGCCACUCGAAGCUGUCAACCUCGUCGCUGCGACCACCGAGUUGUCGGACACGGGGUUCACCGCCAUCGUGGACAAGGGCAGUCUAGUUACACUGCAGUACGUCUAUUCGCGUGGAUACCUCAAACGAAUGACCAACCAAGUGCUGGAAUUGGCAGUCGCCAAGCAAGACCACGAAAUGCUGCGCUACAUCCUCGACUGCGUCGACCAAGAGAACCCGCUACGACCCAGCGAUGAGGAGUGGCUGCCGCCAGUUGUCUGUGCCUGCGACCUGCACUCGCAAGUUUCAACCUUCAACGGCGACCUGGUGUCGCUCGAGCUCUUGCACAAGAGCCGCCUUCGCGUCGGUUCGGAGCGCGCCAUCGUCUACGCCGCCUACCGCGGUCACAUGCACACGCAAUGGCUCUCGCUGCCACCGCCGGCCACUGGAACGUUGUGCGCUGGCUCCAUGAGAUCUACGGUCUAUGGCGAACCCACGCCGCCUUGGCCACAGCGGCGUACAAAGGCCACCUCGCGAUGGUGA